AUGGCAACUUUUGCCAAGCCCGAAAAUGCUUUGAAGCGAGCUGAAGAGUUGAUUAAUGUUGGACAAAAGCAAGAUGCAUUACAAGCACUUCACGGGAUUAUAACCUCAAAAAGAUACAGAGCAUGGCAAAAGACACUUGAAAGAAUCAUGUUCAAGUAUGUAGAGCUAUGUGUUGACAUGAGAAGAGGAAGAUUUGCAAAAGAUGGUUUGAUACAGUAUCGUAUAAUUUGUCAACAAGUCAACAUAAGUUCAUUGGAGGAAGUGAUCAAACAUUUCAUGCAUUUGGCCACUGAAAAGGCUGAACAUGCACGUAGUCAAGCACAAGCAUUAGAAGAAGCUCUUGAUUUUGAUGAUUUAGAAGCGGAUAAAAGGCCUGAAGAUUUGAUGCUGAGUUAUGUUAGUGGGGAGAAAGGGAAAGAUAGAUCUGAUCGUGAGCUUGUUACUCCAUGGUUUAAAUUGUUGUGGGAGACUUACAGGACUGUGUUGGAAAUCUUACGGAAUAACUCUAAAUUGGAGGCUCUUUAUGCGAUGACUGCACAUCGGGCCUUCCAAUUCUGUAAGCAAUAUAAACGCACAACAGAGUUUAGAAGACUUUGUGAAAUCAUUAGAAAUCAUCUUGCAAAUCAUAAUAAAUAUCGCGACCAAAGGGAUCGACCUGAUCUCUCUGCUCCAGAAAGUUUACAAUUGUAUCUUGACACAAGAUUUGAACAAUUGAAGGUUGCUACUGAACUUCAGCUUUGGCAGGAAGCUUUCCGUUCUGUUGAAGACAUAUAUGGACUUAUGUGUAUAGUCAAGAAAACUCCAAAGGCAUCAUUUUUAGUUAUCUAUUACGCCAAAUUAACCAGAAUCUUUUGGAUCUCCUCAAGCCAUAUCUACCACGCCUUUUCAUGGCUUAAGCUAUUUACACUUCAAAAGAGUUUCAACAAGAACUUAACCCAGAAAGACUUGCAGUUAAUAGCUUCAUCUGUUGUUCUUGCUGCACUCUCAGUUCCUCCUUAUGAUCGCUCACAUGGCGCAUCUCAUAUGGAACUCGAAAACCAAAAAGAGAGGAAUCUUAGGGUUGCUAAUCUUAUCGGAUUCAUUGUUGAUCCAAGAUCAGAGACAAGAGAAGUGCUUUCACGUUCGUCACUCCUCUCAAAAUUGGUAUUGAAGAGUGUAAUGUCAUGUGUAACACAGGAAGUAAGAGAUUUGUACCAUAUUUUGGAGCAUGAGUUCUCCCCUUUGGAUCUUGCAUUAAAAGUACAACCCUUGCUCAUGAAAAUAUCAAAACUUGGGGGUAAACUUUCUUCAGCUUCUUCAGUCCCAGAAAUUCAGUUAUCUGAAUAUAUCCCUUCACUGGAAAAACUUGCCACCCUUAGAUUGCUACAACAGGUGUCCAGGGUGUAUCAGGUAAUGAAGAUAGAAACUCUAACAGGGAUGAUACCCUUUUUCGACUUCUCUGUUGUGGAGAAAAUUUCAGUGGAUGCUGUAAAACACAAUUUUAUAUCAAUGAAAGUUGAUCAUAGGAAAGGUGCUGUUCUUUUUGGUAGUCAGGGUCUUGAAUCUGAAGGGAUACGUGCUCAUCUGAGUGUUUUUGCGGAAUCCCUUACAAAGGCGAGAUCAAUGGUUAUUCCUCCCACGAUGAAAGCUUUGAAACAUGGGGAGACAUUAACCAGUUUAACAGAGACUGUGGAUAAGGAACAUAAAAGACUUCUUGCUCGCAAGUCUAUAAUUGAGAAACGUAAAGAAGAACAAGAAAGACAACUUCUAGAGAUGGAGCGAGAGGAGGAAUCAAGGAGACUUAAACAACAAAAGAUUACGGAAGAGGCAGAAAGAAAACGACUUGCUGCUAAGUAUGCACAAAGGAGAAACCAAAGGAUCCUUAAAGAAAUUGAGGAGCGAGAACUUGAAGAAGCACAACAGUUGUUGAAGGAAGCUGGAAAACGUGGUAAAAAGAAGGGCAAGAAGCCCAUCAUGGAAGGGGAAAAGAUAACGAAGCAAACAUUAAUGGAAAUGGCUUUAAAUGAACAACUAAAGGAGAGACAAGAAAUGGAGAAGAAGUUGCAAAAACUUGCUAAAACAAUGGAUCACCUUGAAAGAGCAAAAAGAGAAGAGGCAUCUCCUUUAGUUGAAGCAGCAUUCCAACAACGAUUAGUUGAAGAAAAGGCUCAACAUGAACAUUUUCAGCAGCUAGAGAUUGAGCAAAGCCGACAGCGUCAUGCUGGAGAUCUUGAGAAGAAAAAGAGACUAAGCAGGAUGAUGAAAGACAAGGAAACUUUCCAGCAAAGAGUUUUUAGCAAGAGAGAAGCCGAGUACAAGAAAAUGAAGAAGGAACAAGAGGAUCGAAUCAACCAAAUAAUUCAAUCAAGACAACAAGAACGCGAAACCAGAAGGAAAAUGAUUUGCUAUCUCAAAAUCGAAGAAGAACGACAGAAAAAGUUACGCGCAGAAGAAGAAGCCCGUCAACGUGAAGAGGCGGAGAGGCGAAAGAAGGAAGAAGCUGAGCGUAGGGCAAAACUAGACGAAAUAGCAGAGAAACAGAGGCAAAGGGAAAGGGAGCUUGAAGAGAAAGAACGGCAACGAAGAGAAGAAGUGUUAAGAGGAACACCUGCAUCGCUAUCGCCGAUAAGGCCUACGGAGUCUCCGUCGUCUCCUCGCUCAUCAAAACCAGGGCUCGUUACAGCCACCGCUGCUUCACCUUCGCCGGGAAAAUACGUGCCCCGACACCUUCGAGAGAGGAUCACCGGGGGGCCACAGUCGCCGCCGUCUCCAGACCAUGAUAGGUGGGGCCGCCAGGAUGACCGGCCUAGUACUGACAGGUGGCGGUCGACGACGUUUGGCGGUGGAGGUGCGCCGAGAUCUACUUGGCCGUCCUCCAGACGCUGAAGUGAAAAAAACCACAUGUUAGUGUGUUACACGGAUUGAAAAGUUGGUUUUAUGGUUUUCUUUAACAGUAGACGAAUCGGGCUUAUUUUGCCUAAAACUCUAAAUAAAAUAAAAAACGGUGUAGCUGUAUGGAUGAAAGUCCCG